AUGGCGCCGCCGCCGCUCCCGUGGGCGUGGCGCCUGGCCCUGCCGCUCGUCGCCUUCGUCUCCGUCCCCUUCCUCCUCCCGCUAACCCUCCCCUUUAUCCUCUUCCUCCGCCCCGGCUCCUCCUCCUCCCCUCAUCCCCUCUCCUUCCACCGCCUCACCUGGCUCCCUUCCCCUCAAAUCCCUUCUCCUCCACCUCCGGCGACAAACGCGCCGCCUUAUCCGCCGCCGCAGACACAAAUUACAUCACCUUCUCCACCACCACCGCCGCCGCCGCCGCUUCCCAGUCCGCCGGCCAUCGAGAAGAAGGCACGGUGCGACAUCUACGACGGGACAUGGGUCCGCAGCACGGACGCCUCCCGGCCGCUGUACGCGGCGGGGACGUGCCCUUUCGUGGACGAGGCGUACGCGUGCGCGGCCAACGGGCGGCCGGACUCGGCCUACACGCGGUGGCGCUGGGCGCCGCGGCGGUGCGCGCUCCCGCCCUUCAACGCCACGGACUUCCUCUCCCGGCUCCGAGGCCGGCGGCUGGUGCUCGUGGGCGACUCCAUGAACCGCAACCAAUUCGAGUCCAUGCUCUGCGUCCUCCGCCAGGCGCUCCCCGACAAGUCCCGCCUCGUCGAGACCCACGGCUGGCGCAUCUCCAAGGGCCGCGGCUUCUUCGUCUUCAAGUUCCUGGAUUACGGGUGCACGGUGGCGUUCGUGCGGUCGCAUUUCCUGGUGCGGGAAGGGGUGCGGGUGAACCGGCAAGGGAGCACGAACCCGACGCUGCAGAUCGACCGGAUCGACAAGACGGCUAGCCGGUGGAAGAAAGCCGACGUCCUCGUCUUCAACACCGGCCACUGGUGGACGCACGGCAAGACGGCCAGAGGCAAGAACUACUACAAGGAAGGCGACACGCUGUACCCGCAGUUCGACUCCACGGAGGCCUACCGGCGGGCGCUCACGACGUGGGCGCGCUGGGUCGACAAGAACAUGGACCCGGACAAGACCGUCGUCUUCUACCGCGGCUACUCCACCGCGCACUUCAGGGGAGGGGAGUGGGACGCGGGAGGGUCGUGCAGCGGCGAGACGGAGCCGGCGUUCAGGGGCGCCGUUGUGGAGAGCUACCCGGAGAAGACGAGGAUCGCGGCGGAGGUGAUCGCGCGGAUGAGGUUCCCCGUGAGGCUGCUCAACGUCACCAGGCUCACCAGCUUCCGCAAGGACGCCCACCCCUCGGUGUACGGCAAGGCGGCGGGGGCGGCGGAACGGAGGAGGAAGAAGAAGCAGGACUGCAGCCACUGGUGCCUCCCUGGCGUGCCCGAUGUCUGGAACGAGCUUAUUUAUGCUUCCUUCGUCAUGGAACCCAGCCCCAGCUCCUGGAAUCGUAGAUGA